AUGAAAAUGCUUUGGAAACUGACGGAUAAUAUCAAGUAUGAGGAAUGUGAGCCAGGAUGGCCGGGACAGAGGCAGAGCCAGGAGACGGGGCUGCUCCACACGCACCGGGGUUUGCCCCACCAGCUCUCAGGGCUCGACCCACGCAGGGACUACCGGCGGCACGACGACCUGCUGCACGCCCCACACGGGCUGGGCUCAGGACUGGCCGACCUCCCCCUCCACUCCAUCCCCCACGCCAUCGAGGACGUGCCGCACGUAGAAGACCCCGGUAUUAACAUCCCAGAUCAAACUGUAAUUAAGAAAGUCACCUUUCGGCAACACACCAUCUUCAGGCUCCACAACGUGUCACCCCCAAAUACCCCCUCCUUCGCUCCCCUCGGUGAGAAAGCAGCAUGUCAGGAUGCCCGCCGGGAUGCCCCGUUUCUCAAUCAAUGCCUUUUUGCCCGGAGCAGGGCGAAGUCUAAAAACGGAGGGAGAUCUCUGAGGGAGAAACUGGACAAAAUAGGAUUAAACCUGCCAGCCGGGAGGCGUAAAGCUGCUAACGUUACCUUGCUCACGUCGCUCGUGGAGGGAGAAGCAGUACAUCUAGCUAGAGAUUUUGGGUACGUUUGUGAGACAGAAUUUCCUGCCAAAGCAGUAGCUGAAUUUCUCAACCGACAACAUUCCGAUCCAAACGAGCAAGUCACAAGAAAAAACAUGCUUCUAGCUACGAAACAGAUCUGUAAAGAGUUCACCGACCUGCUGGCUCAGGACCGAUCUCCCCUGGGGAACUCGCGGCCCAACCCCAUUUUGGAGCCGGGCAUCCAGAGCUGCCUGACCCACUUCAACCUCAUCUCGCACGGCUUCGGCAGCCCGGCAGUGUGCGCUGCUGUCACUGCCCUGCAGAACUAUCUCACCGAGGCGCUCAAGGCCAUGGACAAAAUGUACCUCAGCAACAAUCCCAACAGCCACACAGACAACAGCACCAAAAGCGGCGACAAAGAGGAGAAGCACCGAAAGUGAGGAUUCCCCCCCUACACUCCUCUCCCUUCCCCCUCAUACAUAGCCCAUCGAUCCAUUCAUCUCCCUCCUCCCUCUCCCCCUGCACCCAGCACCCCAGGCUACAGCAACAAAAUGAGCGUCCUUCUGCCAAUCCUGUUCUCUGACUCUGCAGGACUGCUCUCUGCCCUCUCCC